AUGGCUUCAACAUCAGAUAAACAGCAAAUACAAUUAAAAAAACAAAAAAAUACUAAAUUCCCUGUGGCUAGAAUUAAGAAAAUUAUGCAGAUGGAUGAUGAGGUUGGUAAGGUAGCACAAGCCACUCCAGUCUUGAUUUCCAAGGCCUUGGAGCUAUUCAUGCAAGCUCUCGUCGACGAGACACUCAAAGUUACACAAGACAAAGGCGCUAAGAAAAUGACUGCCCAGCAUCUCAAACAAUCGAUUGAGAAGACAGAACAAUUCGAUUUCCUUAGCGAAAUCGCUGAGAAGAUUCCUGCACCAUCAGCAGACGAUAACCAGCCAAAGAAGCGCAAACCAAGGAAGAAGUCCGUUAAACAAGAAGAUCAACAAGAAGAUCUAAAACAAGAAGCCCAAGAAGAAGAAUAAUUUAUUCAUUUUAUUGUAAUUAUACGUAUUUACUUGUUAUUGUGUCUAUUUUGUCUAUUUGCCUAUUUACCAGCGAUUUGUUUACCAAAUUGGUCGAAUUUGCGAACAACCGCUUCACAUUUCGUACGUUUGCACAAAUCGUUAGCUGAUUUCUUGACUGCAUCAUUAAAGAGUGUAACACCGGCUGCUCUCUCUACGACGUCAGUAGAUUGCAAGAAAUGCGUCAGCGGUACUCUCUCAUCAAUAGCUUGAUUUGGUAAAACAAAUGAAGCCAUUGAUAAAUCCCGAUGACUGUCAUCUUUACUAGUCAUUAUAACUUUUGCAAAGUGUGUAGGCACACUUAUAGUUGGUGCACCAUUCGUUGGAUCACCGAGAACUGGAUAGCUGACUCUCCAUUUGCCUUCUAAAUCGCGUGCUGGGAGAUACAAGGGGAGCGUGAAGAUAUAUACGUGGCCAAACUCUCUGGUGAGGUUUCUACAGAAUGUCUCAACGUAUGCCCAAU